GUUGGAUUUAGUUUCGAUUUUUAAUGCAGAUUAUUUGCCAAACAUCAUAGAUGUCACAUGGCAGCGUUGUUAUGGGUGGUCCCGUGAGACAUUUUGGCUCUGCUGGUUAAUGGCGCUGAGCCAACAUGGCCUGUAAACAACAACAGCGUCAAAGUGAAGUAAACUGAUCCGCGUCUCGGGCUCUUCUCUGGCGCUUUUUUUAAUUACAAAACGAUGAAAUGAGGUGAUUUUUAGCGAUGCGUCGAAAGUGCAUAUGAUUGAUAUCCCCCAGACAGGACAUCAUCAUCAUCAUCAUCAUCUUCAGUGGGCAGCUCACACGCCAUGUCCGCACAGCCUCCUAAUAGUUCAGCCUCAAACAGCCCCAGCAGCAUCUUAAGUUGUCCAUUUUCAGUGAUCAGCCCCUCUCUCAACUCCCCAGUGGUCUCCCCCUCACUGGGAUUUGGACCCAUCAACAGCAGUCAGAUAUCCUCUUCAGCACCCAUAUCAGGGAUGCAUUCAGUCAGCAGCUCAGAAGAUAUCAAGCCUCCAUUUGGCCUCAGGCCCAUGCAGUCCCAGAGCCCGGGAGUAAUGACGUCCCAGAAACGACUGUGUGUGAUCUGUGGUGACCGCUCCUCUGGCAAACACUAUGGGGUGUACAGCUGCGAGGGUUGCAAAGGUUUCUUCAAACGAACUGUACGCAAAGACCUGAGCUACACCUGCAGGGAUAAUAAAGAGUGCCUGGUCGACAAACGCCAGCGCAAUCGCUGCCAGUACUGCCGCUACCAGAAGUGCCUGGCUAUGGGCAUGAAGAGAGAAGGUGUUGCAGCGGUCCAGGAGGAGCGCCAAAGGAACCGAGAGCGUGAAGGGGAGCUGGAGUUCAGUGGAGCCGUAAACGACGAGAUGCCCGUGGAGAAGAUCCUGGAGGCGGAGACGGCUGUGGACAUGAGGACUGAACUCCACUCCGAUGGAGGUUCAGCAGGAAACUCUCCCCAUGAUGCUGUGUCCAACAUCUGUCAGACUGCAGACAAACAGCUGUUUGCUCUGGUCGAGUGGGCAAAGAGAAUCCCUCAUUUUUCUGAACUGCCUCUAGAUGAUCAAGUCAUCCUUCUGCGUGCAGGGUGGAACGAGCUCCUGAUUGCUUCGUUCUCCCACCGCUCGAUUCCUCUGAAGGACGGAGCCCUCUUGGCGUCCGAGCUGCAGCGUGACAGUGCACACAUGGCAGGAGUUGGAGCCAUUUUUGAUAGGGAGAGUGUGCAGAGUGCAGAAGUCGGGGCCAUAUUUGACAGGGUUCUCACUGAGCUUGUUAACAAAAUGAGAGAUAUGCAAAUGGACAAAACAGAGCUGGGUUGUCUCCGUGCUAUCGUCCUGUUUAACCCAGAUGCUAAAGGGCUCUCCAGCACAACCGAGGUGGAGCUCCUCAGAGAAAAGGUCUAUGCAUCACUGGAGUCUUACUGCAAGCAGAAGUAUCCAGAGCAGCAGGGCAGGUUUGCUAAGCUUCUCCUUCGGUUGCCGGCGCUGCGAUCCAUAGGCUUGAAGUGCUUGGAGCAUCUCUUUUUCUUCAAACUGAUCGGUGACACGCCAAUUGACACGUUCCUCAUGGAAAUGCUGGAAGCUCCCCAUCAACUGUCUUAGAUAGGAAGCUCGUACUGUGGUGUAGAUGGCUGGAGUCUGGGAAGUGAGCGUGGGACUGGAGUGGCACUUUAAGUUCUUGUAAGAUUCGUCAGUUUGUCUCACUGCUGUCUGCGUUACAUUUCAGUGCAGCACAGAUCAGCUCUUUAGACCAAACCCAAGGCGUGGCAUGACCCAUAAGCUGGUGCUAUAUGCUGUCGUAACUGAUAACAUAAUUAUUUUUAAAAACAAACAUUUACAUAUCUGUCUCACAAAAGCUAUAAUUUGGGUACUCUAUUUUCUACGGACUUUUUAAACACCUAAACUCAUCCCUUCUUAAUGCAAAGGGUGUCCCGAAUUGUGAGCAUGCAGUAAAGUUGCAGUUUUGUUUCUAAAUAAACGGUCAUUAAAGCUAGAUCUAAAAGUGCAUUCUUGUACCGGACAGCGAGCGGGAGCUGCAGCAGAGCGGUGACCCCCCCCCCCAGACAUACACGACAGGUCUAAAUUCCCAGCCCUGCUUUUCUGUGCUGGUUGAGGAUCAGCUUUACGUGCCGCGCUAUUAUGGUUGGUGUUUACAUCCUUUCCCUAAAACAAAUAAAUAUCAACACUUAUGUUUCUGGCCAGACUGUAUGUGACACUUGUGAUGUUCUGUUUCCAGAUACACUCUUAGGUAAACCCCGGGCCUCUGAGUGGCCCGGGGGUGUCUCGUGGUGCUAUUUCAGAGAAAAUUUGACUAUUGGUGACGGUGCAAACCAAACGGCAAACCUAAGAAUAUGCAAACAAAACGAAGAAUUCCUUUGUUCAAAAUGUAGCAAUAUUAGAUGAGAAGUGCGUAAGCCUGUCAGUUAUUCAGGGGUUCAGCAAAGGAAAGCAUGUCCAGUGGAAAGGGAAGACUCCGUUUCUGUAAUUUGACUAUUCAGCUAGGUACUCUGCAAAGGUUCAGGGGACGCGCACAUGGAACCCGUUUGACUGAUGAUCAGGAAAUACAGACCAGCUUCUGGUGUGUCCUUGUUGGUCGUUUUCAGUGGGGAUGAAGCAGAAUGUGUCUUGGGUUGCGCUGGAUUUGCUGAGACCGCUUCAGCUCACUUUUUCUCACUCAUUUGUUUUUGCUCCCUCUUCAUCCUGUUUUAAAACUAACUUCUUCUUCUUCACCGUGAGGUUUUCGCUGUUAUUAAAAGCAACCGUAAUCACUUAGAUCCGGACCAGCAGGACAUCUUUUUAAUGGAGACCAGUUGGGUUUGUAUGAUAGCCACAUGGAAACGCUACGUGAACGUAUUGGUGUGCUUGUCGUCUAUGCUCUUGAAUAUGAAGUGACUUGAAGCAAGGGGUUUUGUGGACUGAAAGAAUAAAGAAGCUUAAGUUUUGCUUGCUUUUUCUUCUCCAGAAGUGUCACUUGUUCUUUUUCCUCCCAGAUGAAAAUGUCACUUUUUUUUGCCAGAAUAACACAAACUGAAGGAUGAUUAAAAGUCGGUCCCAAAAGUG